CCUUAUGGCCCCGCGGUGUCUGAAAAUGAAUAAACGAUAGCAGACGAAAAUGCGAUUGAAUCCGCCAGGGUAAAAUAAAUGUAUAGGAACUAAGAAUCGUAAUUGAAAGAAAAAAUUGUGAAUCUCAUUAAAAUUAAAAUGUUGUCUCCUAGUAAAAAGUAUUCUUUACCUAAUUCUUCUGCUUGCUACUCAUUUUCAAACUACCCUUUUGAAGAUUUUCUUGAAGAAUACCAUGGUUUUUCUGACAUCCCCAUCAAGGUUUUAAUUUUGUCCUGUGGAGAUUUACCUUUUGCAGUACAUUCUACCACUCUCUGUUCCAAUCAGAGAAUUACCAACAUCACUGUUACAGAUGAAUCUCCUAUCACAACAGCAAGAAAUGUCUUGUUUGUGAAAAUUAUUAGUGAUACAAAAUUUGAUCCUAAUAGUGAUAAAGAUCUACAAUACUUAUGGAAUGUCUGGUAUAAUAUGAAGUGGUCAUCAAAAACUAAAAAUAGAUUUUUGAAAGAUGUAACAGAAUUAUACACAGGGAAACUCCCACACAACUUGAAAGUUCCAGUAAAAAGUGAUAUGGGUUUGCUGCAGAUUAUUUGGGGUGUCUGGAUUUCAUCAGUUUCAGACAUGAAUCCAGACUCUAUGCAACAAAUUUGUGAUCAAAGAUAUGAAUCAAUUAUCAAUCACAUUCAUGGAAUUGUGUCAAAUAAUGUUACAAAAUCAAAAAGCAAUGUUUACAAACCAACAUUGGCUGAAGUUUGGGAGUGGUUGGUUGCUGUGACCAAAGAUCAUACUGAUCAUAAAUCGACAAAAAACGCCAAGGAAAUCCGUAUCUAUUUUGAAACAGGGAAUUGUUGUGAAAGCCAAGACAUUAAGGCCUGCAUUAAUCCAACAUUUUUAAAUCCAAAAACUGGUCGAUGGGCACUGGAUUCUUCCGUUUCUCCUUUUGAAACCUAUUUUAAUCUCAAGCAGUUGCCUCACCACGAUUUUGAAAAUGAUUUUCUCAACUCAUGCAAGAGAGGCUUAUACAAUCAAGUUAAAAACUUCCAGAAAUGGUUGUCGAACGCCACGUUGUCGUUAAAUAUUGGUGAUCCCUUAGAACUUUGCUAUUGCAAGACAUGGACAGAACUAUUUAACAUUGUAGACUGUUCCAAACUUCCGGAUCAUGUUGGGUUGGCAAACAUUCUCAAUGCUGCACGGCUCGCAUUGGUUGACGAUCCUCACGCAGUUCUAUUGACUCACUCAUCUCCGUGGCGUGACAACACUACUGGUGUGCGCUACGAUUCCGCCAAAGAAUUUAUUGAAGAAUCUCUCUGCUCUUCUGUACAAAUGAUACCGACUUUGUAUGGUUUGAUGUUAAUUAAUCAUGUUCAUCUGGGAAAUCCUUUACCACUUCGAACAAGCUGGCGUCCAUCGGUCCGUCUUCAGUGGACACACAGCCCAAGCUUCAAAAACAUGCACAUUAAAAGCGGUGGCGCCAUUGGCGAUGUUUUUGAAACUAUUCAAGCAAAAUAUUUGUGCAAUUUCGAGUCGGAAAAACCCAAAAUAUGUGAAUCCUCAUUUACUCUCCUUGCCUAUUGUUAUUUGGUAAGCUCUUUCAUCGCACGAGUGGAACUUGUUGAAACCCAUCGUGAAGGUCUAGAACAUCCGCCUCUUCCUCCGUCACUGCAACUUGCGUGGAAUACUCUUCUAGCCUGGAUGAAGGGAAGCAGGGUCCUCCAUAUGAAAAUUAAUCUUCUACUCACAAAUAAAGAAGAUGGGCCGCUACGGCUAGUAUUGGCUACUCAAAAUGACGCAACUGUACAGUAUAUCGAUUACUUUGGAUUGAGUUGCGAUGGAUGUGAUAUAGCGGUAUCCUUCAUGCUUUUGGAAAAUCAUAAUCUUGACCUAGAAACUACGGCUUUGUAUCUUACAAGUGGUAUAGCGCAAACAACGAUUUCGUCGUCUUGUUUUUUAGCUGAUGCUUCCUCUACACUCUUCCAUUUUCCACCGCCAUUCAGACCCAAGGACAAUUCAACAGCUUUUCUAACGUGCCUCGAGUUUGAAGAUUUCUAUCAUGUUGAUUUACCAGGAAUUGCACAAGACGAUAUUAUCUUGUCAACAGACAGGGAGCCACCGUCUGAAGCGGGGCAUUGUGUGACACUUUUAGCUGGUGCGAUUUGUCAGGAAUUGAUAUUCCCGUGGCCGUUCAAAGUAGUUGAUGUUCACACUUCCUGUGAUGAUGACGACAAACGUGUUCGCCUAAUCUUACCAAAGUCGAUGAACGAACCGCAUCCCUUCGAGUGGAAAGAUCGUAGAAAAUGGGACAUCAGUUUAUUAAGUCCAUGGAAUCCCGAAAGUCUGUUGAAAGACCUUAACUUCCAUCUUAGCGCUCAAUUUGACUGCUGCGAGUUGAAACGUCAGAUGUUGAACGAGGCAGAGAGUGAUGCAAUUAGCCCUAUCACAUGUCUCAAAGGAGUAAGAGAAAUAAUUCGAACACUUUUCCAGUCCACCAUGCUGGAUGGUAAUCUUCUAUACGUUAUACGAUCCAAGAAUGACCCUAAAUUGAAAAAUCUGUGGUUCAUUCGGGUGCAUCUUCCAAUACUAGUUUCCCCGUCUGGGGCUCCAAUAUUACUGUUGACUGCCAAUGACCAUCGUUUGGCACAGAAGUUGGUUGAUUGUGGGAAACUUGAGCAAACCACUGCUACAGAAGACUUUAAACGUAUUUUUGUUGAAGGAGUGUCUUCCUCCGAAGUAUGUCCUAUCUUCGUCAAAUCAGAGGAAGAAGAAAGUGUUCUACGUUAUUUACUGCGCGUUAAUGCUACCAAAAUAUUCACAAAUGUAUGGCCCAUCAAGCAGAUACCUGUCGGGGAAACUAGUCCAUGGCUUUGUACUUUUGUUUCCCCGAGCUAUGCAGAUCAAACAGGAACUGAUGCUGAAAUGGAGGAGUUAGUGGCUGCUACCAAUAAGGUUUCCAUCCAGACACAGGAGGGGAAUAUAUUGUUUCAAGAGCGUUCGCUAGCAUCGAGCGGAUGUUCAAGAUGUAAACAGAUUAAGGAAAAUCUCAAGCGUUGCUCACGAUGCAGAUCCGUGAAGUAUUGCAGCGUCGAUUGUCAACGUUCAGAUUGGCCAUCACAUAAAGCGUCAUGCCUCUAGAACGCAGUCUUCGUUGGCAAUAAACUUAAUGCAUGUAUUAUUAUUGGUUAUCUUUCCCAUUGUAUUAUCCCUUAGUUAAAGAUACCCAAGGAACAUGUGCAAGGUUGAUGCAAGAUUUUAUUUCUUUUUGGCGUCUUUCCCAGCAGUGAGACCAGCCCCGGCAUUGAACUUGAACAAGAUAAUAUCUCCAUCUUCAACGACGUAAAGCUUGCCCUGUUGUCGAUACUUUCCUCCUGCCUAUUAAGAAAAAAAAAAUACAGGUAAUUACCAAGAAAUAAAUAUACCUACACUUUACAAUUA